CCAAUGCUUUCAGUUUCAGAUAAAGUCUGUUACAGUGGUUUCUUUGCUUCUAGUUUGUCUUUAAAGGAAAUCUGGAAAGUCCAAUGACAUUACACAAGUAAAACAAAAGAUCCAUGAUCCAGUGAGAGAGGGAGAAGUAACAGAAACCGCUCCACCUAACUGAAGAGGAAAAAAUAAAAGACCAGGGAACACUCUGAACAUGGCCUCAGAGAUCCACAUGCCGGCCCCAGUGUGCCUCAUUGAGAACACUGAAGGGCAACUGGUGGCUAAUCAGGAAGCUUUGGAGAUCCUGUCAGGCACCAAGAAUCCUCUCGUGGUGGUGGCUAUUGUGGGCCUCUACCGCACAGGCAAAUCCUACCUGAUGAACAAGCUGGCUGGGAAGAACAAGGGCUUCUCUCUGGGCUCCACGGUGCAGUCUCACACCAAAGGAAUCUGGAUGUGGUGUGUGCCUCAUCCCAAGAAGCCAGACCACACCCUAGUUCUUCUUGACACGGAGGGCCUGGGAGAUGUAGAGAAGGGUGACAACCAGAACGAUUCCUGGAUCUUUGCCUUAGCAAUACUCCUGAGCAGCACCUUUGUGUACAAUAGCAUGGGAACCAUCAACCAGCAGGCCAUGGACCAACUGCACUAUGUGACAGAGCUGUCAGAUCGGAUCCGGGCGAAAUCCUCCCCUAAUUCCAAUGGGAUUGAAGAUUCAGCAGACUUUGUGAGCUUCUUUCCAGAUUUUGUGUGGACGCUGAGGGAUUUCUCCUUAGAACUGGAAGCAGACGGACUACCCAUCACAGCUGAUGAGUACCUGGAGAAUUCACUCAAGCUUAAACAAGGUACCACUCAAAGUGAUCAAAAUUUUAAUCUGCCCCGACUCUGUAUCCGGAAGUUCUUUCCAAAGAAGAAAUGCUUUAUCUUUGAUCGACCCACUCAUCGGAAGAAGCUAGGCCAGCUUGAGACACUGCAUGAUAAUGACCUGGAUCCUGAAUUUGUGCAACAAGCUUCAGCCUUCUGUUCCUACAUCUUUAAGAAUUCCAAAACUAAAACUCUCUCAGGAGACAUCAAAGUCAAUGGACCUCGUCUAGAGAAACUGGUGCAGACCUAUGUCGAUGCCAUCAGCCGUGGAGAUCUGCCCUGCAUGGAGAAUGCAAUCCUGGCCUUGGCCCAGAUUGAGAAUGCAGCCGCAGUGCAAAAGGCCAUUGCCCACUAUGACCAGCAGAUGGGCCAGAUGCUGCAGCUGCCCACAGAAACCCUCCAGGAGCUACUGAACCUGCACAGGGCCUGUGAGAAAGAGGCCAUUGAACUCUUCAUGAGGAAUUCCUUCAAAGACAGAGACCAUUUAUGUCAAAAGGACUUAGCGGCCCAGCUGGAAAAAAAGCGAGAUGACUUUUGUAAACAGAAUGUGCAGGCAUCAACAGAUCGUUGCUCAGAUUUACUUAAGGAUAUUUUCAGUCCUCUUGAAGAAGCUGUGAAGCAGGGGGUUUAUUCUAAACCAGGAGGGUACCGUCUCCUCAUCCAGAAAAUACAAGAGCUGAAGACAAAAUAUCUUCAGCAACCUAAUAAAGGGAUACAGGCUGAAGAGGUUCUUCAGGAAUACUUGAAGUCCAAGGAGUCUGUGACUGAUGCGAUUCUACAGACAGACCAGACUCUCACAGAAAAGGAAAAGGAGAUUGAAGUGGAACGUGUGAAAGCUGAAUCUGCACAGGCUGCAGCAAAAGUACUAGAAGAAAUGCAAAUAAAGAAUCAGCAAUUGAUGGAACAGAAAGAAAGGAGUCAUCAGGAACAUGUGAGACAAUUAACUGAGAAGAUGGAAAGGGAUAGAGUCCAGUGGCUGGAUGAACAAGAGAGAAUUCUAGCUUUCAAACUUCAGGAACAGGCUCGUCUACUAAAGGAAGGAUUCCAAAAUGAGAGCAAACGACUUCACACUGAGAUACAAAAUAUCCAGAAGAGCAUGGAAAAACCAAGGAAAACAUGUUUCUUAAGCUGAAGACCUAAAGAAUAGAGCUCCUGAUCAUUCUUAUCCAAGGCAUAACUUAAGUAACCUUUGAAUUUGGAAAAAUAUCAUUACACUCGAAAGUAACUGGAUUUUGCAUUUUUAUAACACUAGAAAUUUGCAAAGAUGUGCAGUACUGUAAUUAAAAAUCAUAUCCAUCUUCCAAAAAAAUAUUAUAAAUUGUAUGACAAAGGUCAGUUUUACCUCUCUAACACAAAAAGUAUAUGAGCUGGUACCAUUCAGGAAAAAUUUAUUCCUCUAGGUGACUACUAGUAGACAAAGGGAAACUGAACAAAGUCUUAGGUAAAAGUUUAGGAACAUAGUUGGGCUUCAGUCUGGCCAAGUGUACAAUGGAUUUCAGUGUCAGGAGGACCAUCCUAGCUUCUUAGUGAAAGCAAAGUGCGGUUUUCCAUUAUACCACAGCUGCACCAUCUGUGAGCAAUGAUGUGAUCACUAGGCCCUAGGAAUAGACAAUCCUCCCUGAUGGAUUCUAAGCAGAAGCAAACCACCUUAUAUAGAGAUCUAGAAUCUACAGAAUUUUCAUAAGAAGGUAGAAGAAACCAUUAGCAUGAAUAGGGAUUGGAUCACAAACAAAUGGGCCAAAAAAGGAAACUCCUUUUUUACUUAAUUCACCCAGGUUGUAACUUUAAUGGUACAUUUUAGAGGUUUAGAUAAUUGACACUGGACUGAACAUAGUAACAUGAUGACAAUUAUGCAUUAUGUGUUUGUAACAAUAUAUAAUUCACAAAGAUGGACUUUAAAUGAUGACAGAUAACAUACUAGAAAACUGAGCUAAGUUAAUUAAUAGAUCAUUUAAGAUCCUAUAAAUUAGGCAACCUUUUUCCACUUCUCAACAGUCUAUACUUGAAAGUUUGCUGAUUUUCCCCAAAGUGAUUAUAGAUUGUUUUUUAUAUUUUUUGAAUAACAAAACAAUGCUCUUGGUAUUAGUAUGCACAGACUUUCUCCUAAUUUUCUAAACUCCUAGGUAAAUGGUUGAUAUUUUUCAAAAUGAUUAAAAAUUAUUUUUAAGCUGAAAAUAAAAUAUGCUUCACUGGGCUUUUUUUUUUUUUUUUUUCGGUUUUCACCCAAAAAUAAGACUUUACUCUUCACACCAAUGGUUGGCUAACUCAUCUGCAAAAGACCGGGUAGUGGCUAUUCAUGACUUUGUAGGCCCUACAGUCUCUGUCUCAACUGCUCAAUUCUGCCAUGUAGUGUGAGAGCAGUCAUAGACAAUACAUAAAUGGUUGGACAUGGCUGUGUUCCAAUAAAACUUUAUUUUAAAAAAUAAGUAGCACUCAUAAGCCAUAGUUUCCAGAUUAUUGCUCUAUAAAAACAUUGGUCAAAGUCUAUGUAUCCGCCUUAUGUUGCUUACAUUUGUAAGGGAAUGUGUAUUAAAUUGUAUGUUAAGAUCUUGAAAAUAUUAUACAAUGUUUCAAGAUAUUAGAAGAUGAGAGAAAUGCAGAGACGUAGCUAAUGCCAUUAAAUCCACAUUAAUAAGCCUGAUUUGCUGAUUGCAUAGGGACAUUUUCUUCCAAUGAACCCCCUUACCUCCUAUUACAUGGUGAAUACCUCUUUCCACAGUUAAACACAUGCUACUAAGCAGUAUUUUUUCAUUUGACUGCCUUCACUGGAGAUCAGGGAGAUCUACGGCAUGUAUGUAGGUAUGCACACAGACCCACAAUGCUUAUAUAAAUAGGCUUUGUCUUUUCUUAUCCAAGCUGCAUUGCAACAAAAGAGUAAAUAAAAUACAUUUUUAUUAACUAAAGAAACUUCAUGGUAGAAAGAACACAUAUGCCUUCAAAACCAAGUAGUGGUCUCUUUAAUAACCAUUUAAAAAUACUAACAUUAAGGGGCGCUUGGGUGGCUCAGUCAGUUAAGUGUCUGACUCUAGACUUUGGCUCAGAUCAUGAUCUCAUGAUUUGUGAGUUUGAUUCCUGCAUCAGGCUCCAUGCUGGCAAUGUGGAGCCUGCUUGGGAUCCUAUCUCUAUCUCCUUUGCCCCUCCCCAGCUCUUUCUCAAAAUAAGUUUUUAAAAAACCUUAAAAAUAAUAACACUGAAACUAAGCAAAAUUACAUAACUUCCUUUCUAGCUUGAUAGCAUGAGUCUAUACCAGAUUUCAAAUCAUCUGACGCCUGGUUUAAUGCUUUUUCUAUACUAUCUCUAGGAACAAAAUGAAGCUGUCUCCAGGGAGGCAUGUUGCUUUCACCAGUAGUCUUCAACCCCACCGUGCAUUAAAACCAAUUUAUUAAAUAUAAAGAUUCUCUGGGCCCUAGCCUUCCCUUGACUUUCUGAUAUAGUAAAUUUGAGAUGGGUCAUCGGGUGAUAUCUGCCAAAGCUAGCAUAUGUUAGGACCUAUAUUUGCUGACCCUUAUGAUGUUCUUGUGUCAAAAUUCUUUUUAACUUGGGCAGGUAUAUUUUCUACUGUUUAAGUGACAGUCUGUUACUUUUCCUUCUAUGGGUUUAAUGAAAGGAUAUAUAAGGUCCAUUGAUAUAGUGGGAGGGGCUGAAAACUAUCCUCCACAUAUUCAGGUCAAGGGUCAAUUAGGCCACACAAGCUCAGAGCCUGGAGCCUGCUUCAGAUUCUGUGUCUCUCUCUCAGCCCCUCCCCAUUUAUACUCUGUCUCUCAAAACUAAAUAGACAUUAGAAAAAUUUUUUAAAGAUUUAAAAAAAGAAUCAAUUAGGCCAAUUAAGGUAUUGACUGAAAAAUAAACACAAAGAUAAAAAUUUAAGAAACCUUUUAAAUAUUUGAUAGACAGAUAAACUAAAACUCAAUACUGUUACCACUCUGCAUGCAUAAUUUCAACAAAUUAGAUGAAAUGGACUAAUUUCUAAAAAAAACCCCACAAACUACUAAAACCCACCUUAGGGGAAAUAGAUGAUCUGAAUUGUACUGUAACUUCUAAAUUGAAUUCUAAUUGAAUUUGUAGUUUAAAAAGAAUCUGAACUGAAAUCCAUAAGAUAAUGGAAUAGGAAAUCCUGGCUCUCAUCUACACCAAUAAAAGAAUGCUAUUUCACUUUGCUGGUAUCAGUCCCUGCCACAAGUUGAAACAGCUUAGCAUCUAGAGAAAAAUUUUGCUCAGCCCACGACUUUUCCCUCAGGGGCAAAAUAUAAGGGAAGCAACCAUCUGAUAUCAUCCUCACUUUUCCGGAUGCUGCCCAAAAGACCUACUCGAGAGUGAUGAGGCAAGCAGCAAAGUUAGAAUGCCUGGGGGCGACUUUGAACAAAGAAAAGGGCAGGACCUCUCAGCUGACUGCAUAGCUCUGUGGGAUUAAGAGAAGUUACAUGAUUGUGAGAGAGGAAGGGAGACAAGUAGAGCUUGCACCCAGUGCCAUUCCAGUACAUCCUGGCAUUUUAGUUUAUUGUCCUAGGGAAAAGAAGCAGGCAGCUCUCAACAGCUGGCAUGGCUCUAUGGGAUAGGAAGAGACACACAAUCCAGAAUCUUCUCCAGAAGGGAGGGAGAAAAAUGGAACUCAACAACUUCUCAUUUCAGUACUGUGACCCAGAAAAAAUGUGGCAGGAGGUUUGUGGUGGCCGGCAUAGCUCUGUGAAAUUGGAAGACGGCCCAUAACCCUGAGAUUUCUCCCCUGGAAGAGAGGGAGAGGACUGGAAUAUGUUUCUAAUACACCACCCUAUCAAUACACUGCUCUAAGGAAAAAGAAAGCAGGUUUACAGCAGCCAACAUGACUCUGUGAAAUUGAAAGAAGGUAUACCACCCUGAAAUCUCUUCCCUAGAAGGAAGGGAGAUUGGGAGGUCCACAUCCACAGAAAACAUUUGACAGGCCCCCAGGAUCUCCAGCUGGGCUGACCAAUAAAUGUCUUUUCCUGCCAAAACCAGUCUGUAAAGACUGGAAGAGGUGAAUGCUUCAUCCUGUGCACAGAAACCAGUGCAAAGUUAUAAGGAACAUGAAGAGUCAGGGAAAUAUGAUGCAACCAAAUAAACAAAAUAAAUCUUCAAUAACCAACCCUAAAGAAAUGGAGAACUGUAAAUUGCCUGACAAAGAAUUCAAAAUAAUACUCUUAAAGCUCAAUGAACUACAAGAGAACACAGACAACUAAAAAAAAUCAAGAAAAUACAUGAACAAAAUGAGAAUGUGAAGAAAGGAAUAGAAACCAUAAAAAAUAAUCAAGCAGAAAAUCUGGAGUUGAAGGAUACAACUGACCGGCCCCCCCCCCCAAAAAAAUCAAAAGCUUCAA